GGAAGAUUUCAGCAAGCGCAGUGCUAUCAAUCAAGAUGAAACUGUUUUUCGUGACAAUCCUGCUGGCCGUUCUAGGCACAACCUAUGGGAAAGUUUUCACCAAAUGUGAGCUGGUCCGCCUGUUAGCAGCGAAUGGAUUCCCUAGAAGUCAGCUACAGGACUGGAUCUGCUUGAUCCAGAACGAGAGCCGAUACGAUACGAGUGCAUUGAACACAAAAAAUAGGGACGGUUCCAAGGAUUAUGGCAUUUUUCAGAUCAACAACUACUACUGGUGCGCUGAGGGCAAAGUUGGGGCCAACGAGUGCAAGCUGCAAUGCUCGAGUCUGCGUAAUGAUGACAUCGGGGAUGAUAUGAGGUGCGCUCUGUUUAUCUACCGGCGCCACCAGUUCAAUGCCUGGAACGCAUGGAAGGACAAAUGCCGCGGAAAGCCGAAGCCUUCCGUGGACGAAUGUUUUGCAGCGGGAAAAUGAUUGCAGCAAUUAUUUGAAAAUAAAUUUCCGGCAGUGUAAGAUGUAA